AUGUCCAACGUCGCCAACCUCGCCAACCAGAACAAGUCCGAGAUGGAUGAGGCGCAGAUUCGCGCGCUGGAGGAGCACGAGAUCAGCCAGGGUCCCCUCUCCGUCUUGCAAACAGCGGUGCGGUCCGGCUCGCAGGUCCUUGUCGCCCUCCGCAACAACCGCAAACUGCUCGGCAAGGUCAAGGCGUUUGACCGGCAUUCGAACAUGGUCCUCGAGAACGUCAAGGAGAUGUGGACUGAGGCACCAAAGUCGAAGAACCGCAAGCCCGUCAACAAGGACCGGUUCAUCUCGAAAAUGUUCCUGCGAGGAGACUCCGUCGUGCUUGUUCUCCGUAACACCUAA